AUGUCCACCAAAGUCGACCCCGUCGACAAUAAUUUUACGGUGGAAUGGAAUGCAUCCAAAGAUCAAGCGUUAUGGGAUAUACUUUCUCGGCCAUCAAAAGGCGAUAUUGACUGGAAAGCUCUGGCAGAGAACUUCGACGUCACCUUACAGUUUCUUCUUCAGCAGGCAGCAUGGCUCUAUGAUCGCCAGCUAUCACAGGUUAGGGCUCAAAUGCGCAAGGUCGGCACUACGCAGUCGAACUCUCCUUCUCCGGCUUUAGGAUCGGUCUCUGGUAGUACGGCCUUGUCACAAAAGGAAACGCCAUUACCAGGUUCUCGGGCGCCUUCACGGCAAGUAUCUCACCAGAAGGAUAUCCCUCUCCGAGGUAUGGACCGAAACCCUACCCGUCCCCACACGGGACCUUUGGUACCGCCGAUGGAUCGAUCGCGUUUGACAUUGACUGCAGCCCCUGACAACCGACGUACGAGCUUUACAUCAACUACAGCUACUAACCAAACUCGCGGAUCCCGGGAUCCUGCACGCACUGACACGCCGACAACCGAGGAGAAAGAACCACGUUGGGAUUCUUUUGGCCGCCGGCCUUCGACUGUCAGACGGGAACAGCCGCCGGUCACGUCUUUGCCCCGGUCUCCAACACUGGAGGAAGAGCCCCUGUCCACGAGCUCGUCGGAAGAAUCUGAAUCUGACGACGAGGACACGAUGCGUGCACCCCUGUUCAAACGGUUUGGCAAAUUUUCUACCCACCGCUCUGGUCUCCGGGAUGACGAGGACGACGAAGAAGACACUCCAGCGUUCCUUCCCGUGGCCCGAGAACACCAACAUACCCAUCUAGAUCGUCCAGGCCAGGAACUUAGCGCCACCCUUCGUUUAGAUGCCGAGCGAGGAGCGGCGCAACGGCGACAUCACGAGCAGCGGUCUGGCCCUAUGGUACCGGCAGCUACAGAGUCAUCCACCAGCUCUAUCAGCUCCGGUGGGCGUAGCAGCCUACCUGGUGGACCCAGACGGACCAGCCAGGGGGCAUCGACCCUGAGCUCCCAGCGCGCUGCCGAGCGCCAAAAUUCCCGCAAGUCCACCGCCUCCGGUCGCGAAACUAGCGAUGGUACCCCCAGCAUGGGAAGCAGCUUCAGCGACCUCGACGGUAUGUGUCCCAACCCCGAGGAUUCUGGAUUUCAACUGAUCGACUGGUCAGAUGCAAGCGUUACCCAGUCAGCCCUGGAGGAGGCCCUUCUAAGCAACAUGCAGCAUGGUGGAAUGGCUAGUCGGAUGAGUACCAUCAGCCAAGCCUUACGCAGCCGGUAUCUGCAGUGA